AUGGCCAAGAAGAACAAAGGACCAAAAGUUACUACAGUUACAAACAAGCAAGGUGAGACUUUGCAGGUCUUUGAAACUCUAGAAGAUUUUGAGACCUUCAUCAAGCAAGAAACAGAGGAUGAUGAGUUUGAUCACAUCCACUGUGUGUUGAACUACUAUCCUCCAUUUUUACUUCAUCAUUCUCAUAAUGAUCCUGAGAAAAUAUCUGAUCAGAACAACUGUCACUCUAGGAAAUUCGUCCGUCACCUGCAUCAACAUGUGGAAAAGCACCUACUAAAGGAUUUGGCAGUUGCUUUGCAAUCACCAGAUUUGAAAUUUAGUAACAAAUCGAAGGAUCAGACUUUUGAAAAGAUUGUUUGGUUAUAUAACGACGAUGCUUCCUAUCACGAUAAACCCUUCCAUGUGGCUGUCGAGGUUACCGCUAGACAUGAUGACGCCCUUGUGAACGUGGACUACAGAACCACACCAAGGACAAUUGCUGUCUGA